AAAAAAUUUGUCGUGGGAGGCGGACGUGUGCUCAAAGUGUGUUCAAAGGCUAAGCAAACGGAGAACUUAACUUGCCAUGGCUUUUCUUUUUCUUUGAUUUGCGUUAAGUUUGAGCGGGUUGCGGUCAACCAGGGAUCAGUAUUGGAAAGGGCCAUUCGGUCGUUUCAAAUUAAAACUCAAAUUUCAAAUUUGAAGAUCUCUCUCCAAGUGUCGCUCCAGAGAGCUACUGACUUCUGCUGUAAAGCCAAACUAAUAUGAUUUAAAUUGAUUAAUUCGCAAUUAAUAGAAUUUAACUCGUGCGCGGUGUUGGAAAAUAUUUAACGCUUGUUUCGUUCGCUUUGCUGUGUGUUUUCCCGCAAGUGCAAGUGUGUUGGUGUGCGCGAAACGGAAAUAAGAAAUAAACAAGAGCGACAACAGCAACAACAACAACAAACGCAACAAGAAGUGCAAGCAAAAGUGAAUAGGAAGACGAAAGAGGAAAUGCUUAAGUACAACAACAAGAAAUACACGAACAAAACGACAGAGUGCAAGUGCAUCGCGUGAGUGUCUUUAAGUGUGUGUUUGUGUGUGUGUGUAUGUUGGUGUUGGUGAUGCGGCGGAAGUAGAAACAUUUUGACUUGUGUGUUCUCGGCUUCGCCUUUUUAUUUGCUCCUCUUUGCGGCUCGCAUUCGUCGCAGCAAACGAAACGAAAACAAAAACAGAGAGCCAGGAUUAGCCCCAAAAAGCACCAACAACCACCGCCCACUUACCGCCCCCUUAAAAAAAGAAACAACAACAAUGGCCACUUGGCGCGACGCCCUCUUCGUCAUCAGCAGAUAACAACAAGAAACCCAUCGAAUUAACCAGCGACAACAGCAAAAACAAAGCGAAACAAAAAGCUAAAGCAUUCUGGGAUCUGGACAUAAUAUCCGCUUCCGCGUUGCUUCUGUCGCUAAAAAAAAGCUCAAGAAUCGAAGCGCAAACAGACAAAAUCAGUCUUACAGUACGUCACCACAGUGCACAGUGGAGCAAACAGAUAACCCCAAUUGAAGGCAAUUAAAGUGGCUCCCACUGACCCACUGAAUCGGAUCCGCUGACCAGGACACUUCCUUACACACUGUGGCUGCAUGUCCAAAAUGAAAAUGCUCCCAGUACAGUUAUCGUUGAACUCGCUGAAUCCCAACAUCUGGAGCGAUGUGCUCUGGCGCUGCCCCCCGGCUCCGUCCAGCCAGCUGGCGGAACUGAAGACCCAGCUGCCGCCCUCCCUGCCCUCCGAUCCGCGCCUCUGGAGCCGCGAGGAUGUGCUCGUCUUCCUGCGGUUCUGCGUCCGCGAAUUCGAUCUCCCCAAGCUCGACUUUGAUCUCUUCCAGAUGAACGGCAAGGCGCUGUGCCUGCUGACACGGGCUGACUUUGGCCACCGGUGUCCGGGGGCCGGCGAUGUGCUACACAAUGUGCUGCAGAUGUUGAUCAUAGAGUCACACAUGAUGCAGUGGCAUCUGCCCAAUAGUCCAGUGACGCCCACCAGUCGUUAUCCCCUGUCGCCGCACAGUCAUCCGCCGACGCCCACGUGGCCCCCGUUGAAUGCUCCGCCGGAGAACAGUCCCUUUCACAGUUCGGCCCAUGGGCUGGCUGGUCAUCAUUUUAUGGCACCCAACUCUGUGACGCUGAGUCCCCCGCCCUCAGUGGACUCCCAGGCGAGUAGUCCACCGCAGGCACCUUACCAAAACGGAGGCGUGGCCAAUGGUGGAGCAGGAGCAUCGGCUGCAGGAGCCCCAAGCAGCAGCAGCAGCAAUCCCGCAUCGUCGAGUGCCAGCAGCACGGGCAGCAAUGGCUCCCAGCCCAACAUAAUGCCCAUGAAGGGCAUAAGCAGUGCCAGCAGUAAUCACUCCGAUUCCGAGGAGGAGUACGCUGAGUCCAAUGGCGGCGGAGUGGGAAAGUUGCCAGCCGGUUCGCUGCCCUACAGCACGGCCAGUCCGCCGGGCACACCCAUACUGAAGGAUAUCAAGCCGAACUGGACGCAACAGCUGACGAAUAGUUUUGUGAACUCCUGGUCGCAACAGCAGCAACAACAGCAGCAGCAGCAACAGGCAGCUGCAGUGGCUGCAGCAGCAGCAGCCCAGGCACAGCAGCAACAGUUGGCGCAACAGCAACAGCAGCAGCAGCAGCAACAACAGUUGCCCCAAAAGCUGACACUGGACAAUACUGCUGGGCCAGUGGUGGCCCCAGCUGGAGGAUCCAUUUCGGCACCAACCACACCCAGUUAUAUGUACAAAGCCAAGCGGGAGUUCUUUCCCGAAAACUCAGAGCCCAAUACAAAUGGUCGCCUGUUGUGGGACUUUUUGCAACAGCUGCUGAACGAUCGCAACCAGAAGUACAGCGAUCUGAUAGCCUGGAAGUGCCGCGAUACGGGAGUCUUCAAGAUUGUCGAUCCCGCCGGUCUGGCCAAACUGUGGGGCAUCCAGAAGAAUCAUCUGUCCAUGAACUACGACAAGAUGUCGCGUGCCCUGCGCUAUUACUACAGGGUUAACAUACUGCGCAAGGUGCAGGGCGAGCGACAUUGCUAUCAGUUUCUGCGCAAUCCCACGGAACUGAAGAACAUCAAGAAUAUAUCUCUGCUGCGGCAAACCACGCCAGCGAAUGGCGGCGGCGGCGGCGCCGGUGGAUCGUCCAUGCCACAGGGUGGCAGCAAUCAGGCGCCUGGAAGUCCUGCUGCCGGCUGCCAGAAUUGGAGCACCCAGCAGCAGCAACAAGCACAGCAGCAGCAGCAGCAGCAGCAAUCGCCCCAGCGUCCCGCCUCGCGGAAUGGCCCCAUGAGUCUGCCCGCCGUUGCAGCGGUGGCAGCAGCUGCCGCUGCGGCCUAUGGUCCACCACCCACAUCGCCGCUCUUCAUGCAUGCGAUCAAUGGAGCCUUCCACUACCUUUCGGCGGCGGCAGCUGGUCCGCCACCCAAUUCCCCUGCCUUGAAUACCCCAUCCGCUGUCGGCGGCGGCCCGGAUAAGUUCCAGUUCCACCCACUGAAGCUGGAGAAUGGCUCCGGCUCGGGAUCGGAAAGUGCUGGCGAGGAUCUAAAGCCCACGGAUCUGAGUGUGAGCAGCAAAAGCAAUGCGCCCAGCAACGAGGAUUGCUAUCCACUCAUUCGCAAUGCUGACGGCCUGACGACCAUCAAGCUCAUACGCUCAUACGAUCACCAGGGUGCUCCAUCGCCAGCAGAGCAAUCCCCCAAGCCGGAUGACCAGCAGCAGCAACAGCAACAGCAGACCAGUGCCAGCAGCAGCUCACCCAGGCCCAUGGAUCAGGCCAGUGAGCAGCAGGCCCAGUCCGUGCCCAUGGACAGCGAAUGCAAUGGUGGCGAGUCGGAGGACUCCUUCCGGCAUAUGCGGCAGUAGGCGGAGGAGCAGCUUCCUGUGACAAUCAUCCAUCCCUUAUCCUCACCCCUCCUUAACACACAACAUUACCUGAGCUAAGUGAAAUGGGACCAGCAGCACAACAAACGCACAGACUUAUAGACAGAAACCCUGCUGGAUAUAGAUCUGGAUGCCUAUGCCUUUCGGUUAGGAUGGGGUCGUUUAAAAUAGAAAACCAACAAAAUGAAGAAGUUGAAAGUAAUUUGUGAAGAAUUUGAAGCUAUUUCCUAGAACUUUAACAUGAAAGCGUUAGCACUAUUCUUCUUUAAAUAUACAAAAUUGAUAUUCAAUAUUCAAUUUAUAAAUUCAAAUUUUUCCCAUUCUUACUUUUCGCUUUCACAUUUGUAAAAUAUGAUCCGACCCGACUUUCUGUAUAUAGAAAUCACAUCUGCAUUAACAACACACACAAUCAUACAUACAUAUAUAUUUUCUACAUCAAGCGUAUUUAUUAAGCUAAGCUAAGGGAAAGCAGUGUGCAUGUAAUUUCGUUGUUGUAAGUAGAUUUCUUGAGCCGGCGCAGCGCAGCCUUCGAUUAUGUGCCAAUUUCUACAUUUAUCAAACAAACAAAAAAAAAAAAAAAACAAAAACGAAAUACCUAUCCAUAAGCGUUCACACACAUCAAUCAUACGAGUACGAGUAAUGAGUAGCGAUUAAGGAGUAAAAAGUAGCCAGUAGCUUAGACCGUAAGUGUUGCCACCUUUGAGCUUUACAAAUGUUGCCUCAACAAUGGUUUCAAAUUUAUGAAAACAAAAAACAAAACAAAAAACCAACAAACAUUGUUAAAAUCGAACGAAAAAGUGAAGGAAAUAUGAAAUUUGAAUUGUUGUCGAAAUUGUUAAUUAAUAUACAAUACAAAUCGGAAUAGAAAGAGUUUUUUGUAUACAACAAGGCAAAUUGAUUUCUUUGUGAUAACAACAACAGAAUUAUCUUUGAUUCACAUUGGCUGAAUGUUUGCGAAAGAAGAGCAGUUCCAAAAAGCGAAACUGAAACAGUUUCAGUGAUCCUUUAUUCAAGGAUGGGCCUGCUCUUUCUUCAAGAUCAGCCUGAAAAGAGAGCUUUCAAAAUUCAAUUUCAAUUGAGCCCCUAGCCCUAGAUACACUGCAACAAAAAAAAAAAGAAAACACACACACAUACAUUAUAAACAUUAUAAAAAAAAAACAUUGGCUUCCAUUUUUAUAUAGCAAUGAUGAUACACACAAGCAUAUAUGUAUACACUUUAGUUUUCUAUUAUUAUCAUUUUUAUUAUUAUAUUAUUUUUACGUUAGCUUAAGCGGCUGCAAUUAAAUGGCAGCCCAGCAGCAGUUGCAACAAAUGAAGGUGUUCAUUUAAGCAUUAACAACUUUAGUUUGUAAAACGCUUACGAUCUUACCACCCACACACCACACACCACCCACCACCACCCACAAACCCACUCACCCGCUAAGAACAAUGAAAAAAUAGAAAAUGUACAUUUUGAAGCACUUUAUUAAUUAUAUUAAACAAAACGAAUCGAGUUAUGGAGGGAGAGAUAUCAUCAUCAAUGCACGUUCAUACAUUUAGCCUGUAGCGCAACUGUAAUUAUUAAUUAUUGUGUAGAUCUAUAUGGUAAAGAUAAUUUUCUAUUUGUUUUUCGUACGCCUUAAGUUUAUACACCGCCAAUAGCUAAUAAUUAGCACUCUAGUGUCGCCACAAUACCUGUUCUUCCAUUGAAAACUUUAUCUUUUGAUCAAUACAUAAUUUAUAUAUGUAUAAAAAAAAAGCGAAACAAAUUUAUAUGCAAUAAAUAAAUUGAAAAGUGAAA